AUGGCUUCAGGACGCCCCACUCAUAAGCAUAGUCCACGAGUCUCAUCCCCUCUUGCCAUCCUCACCGCCGCCCGCAAGCGCACCCGACGCUCUAUGUUGGCAGCACCUAAAUCCAAGCCAAAAUCCUUCCUCCUUGACGCGGUUAACUCCCCCAAACUCACUGCGACUGCAACCCACUCUUACCGACUCACUCUCACGGGACUUGCAUUCCUGAAGGACUCACAAACCCCUCCUCUUGACACUCACCACCGGGCUGUCAGGAUGGCAAUCCACCAUCGAGCUGCACCCGAUGUCGCCUCAGUGGCUGCCUCUCUCAAGCGCCGCCGGGCAGUUGAUGAUGACCAGGGACCACCACAGAAGCGCAGCAAAACUCUCCACUCCCGAUUUCCUUUCUGUUGUAUCUUUCUUCAUCUCUAUUCUUUUGAUCAUGCCAUGGAAAUCCGUCUCUUCUCCUAUAACCGCCCGGGUUCACAACACAAGUUUUGUCGUAACGAUGGGCUCUCAUUAAGCUCUCUUGGUCAAACGAUAUUUUUUCGGUUUGCCUUUAUUGUCGGAAUCAUGCUUGUAGAAUAUUACAUUUAA